UUUUUUUUCUUCUUGAUAGACGUCAAUAUGAAAACAGACGAAAGUAUGGAAGAAAAGAAAAGUAAAAGGAAAAGUUUCCCGGAGAUAAUACAAAAUUUCACACCUGCAUGGUUUAGUGUGAAUAUGGGAACAGGUAUUUUGUCAAUCCUGUUAAAAAGUUUCCCUUAUCAAUUCCAUGGUUUACAUACAAUUGCUGUUGUCCUUUUUGUAUACAAUGUUGUACUAUUUUGUAUAUUUAUUUUAAUGACAUUGGCAAGAUAUAUAUUUUAUCCUCAUCUUUUAAAACGUAUGUUAAAACAUUCGUCACAGAGUCUAUUUGUUGGUACACUGCCGAUGGGUUUAACGACGAUCGUUAAUUUUACUAUCCUUGUCCUUAUUGAUGAUUAUCCUUGGGGAAGAAAUUUGGCCUUUGUGUUGUGGUGUAUUGAUUUUGCUCUAUCUAUCUGUAGUGCAUUUAUUGUACCCUUCUUUAUUGUCGUACAUCAUGAUCAUCAAUUAAAGACCUUGAAUGGUACUCUCUUGCUCCCCGUUAUUCCUACUGUAGUCAAUUCUGCCUCUGGAGGCUUACUUGCACAACACCUUGAUGAAACUCGUGGUCUUGUAGUGUUGAUGAUGUCCUACAUGGAAAUGGGUAUGGGAAUCCUUUUAGCAUUAAUCAUCAUUGUGAUUUAUUUCUGCCGUAUCACGAUACAUAGUUUACCACCAAGGGAAGCCAUCAUUAGUACUUUUUUACCUUUAGGCCCCUUAGGACAAGGUUGUUAUGGUAUGAUUCAAUUAGGACUCGCUGGUAAGAAAAUAUUUGCAGAUCAUUAUGUGGAGGGACUUGGAACGGUGGCAUUUGGCGUAGGUUUCAUUCUCUCCUUCUUUUUAUGGGGUUUGGCUGUCUGGUUCUUUAUCAUGGCCAUCGUCUCUGUUACUUAUACAUCAAGACAAAGGAUCCCAUUCAAUAUGGGUUGGUGGGCUUUAACUUUCCCUUUAGGUGUCUUUACAACGGGUACCUUAAGUAUCGGUACCAUCUUGGAUUCUCGAUUCUUCUUAGUCCUUGCCUCCAUCUUAACAUGUGCUCUCGUACUUAUCUGGCUUACCGUUACUUUUAAAACCAUAGAAGGUGUAAUCACAGGUGCGGCAUUUAAUGCUCCUCCACCUGUGACAAAUUCAAAAUAAUAGAAAUAAUAAUAAUAUCACGACAACGACAACUACUGCUACUACUGCUACUACCAUUACUACCUCUACCACUACUAUUACUAUUACUACUACUACUAUUACUACUACUACUACUACUACUAUUACUACUACUACUACUACUACUACUA